GAGUAUUACUAUUCGUCAUUGUGGCUUAGAGAAAGGGGCAGGCGCGUUCGCGUCUGCAUACAGGCUGCAUAAUAUCUUGACUAACGAUUUGUGUUUGAGACGCGCACAGCUGAGACGGUGAACGAGAGAAAGGGUGCGUAUCUGGAUUGGCGACGGAGUAGAAGGUUGAGCUGCCAGACGUUCCUCUUGGACCGGGUCGGUAUGAGCGAGCGGUUUGACUGCGCGGGGUGCAAGGAGUCCCUGUACGGGCGCAAGUUCAUCCAGGCAGAGGACGGCGCCCCCCACUGCAUCCCCUGCUACAACAAGGCGUUCACCCACGCCUGCGCAGAGUGCAAGGAGCUCAUCCAGCACAACGCCCGGGAGCUGUGCUAUGACGACCGGCACUACCACGAGCAGUGCCUGCGCUGCUCCCGCUGCGGCCGCUCGCUGGCGGACGAGCGCUUCACCCGCCACGGGACGGCGCUGCUGUGCAACGCCUGCUUCUGCAGCGAGUUCUCCUCCACCUGCGUGGCCUGCAGCAAGACCAUCCAGCCAGGCUCCAGGAAGCUGGAGUACCAGGGCAGGACCUGGCACGAGGCCUGCUUCGUCUGCCUCGGCUGCCAGCAGCCGAUCGGCGGCAAGGCCUUUGUGCCGGACGAGGACGGGCACUACUGCGGCCCCUGCUACGAGAACAAGUUCGCCCCGCGCUGCACCCGCUGCAAACAGGUGUUGGUGACAGGGGGUGUGACCUAUCGCGAUGAGGCGUGGCACAGGCACUGUUUCGUGUGCGCGGGCUGCGGGGUCGAGCUGGCCGGGAAGCAGUUCACCACCGAGGAGGACAGUCCCUACUGCGUUCAGUGCUUCACCAACACCUAUGCCCGCAAGUGCGAGGGCUGCAGCGAGCCAGUCACAGGUUUUGGGGAGGGGAAGUUCGUCUCCUUCGAGGAGCGCCACUGGCACCAGACCUGUUUCGCCUGUUCCCGCUGCUCAGCGUCCCUGUUGGGCGUCGGCUUCUUCCCGGAGGACGACCUGAUUCUGUGCCGUGAUUGCAGCACCCUGUCUUAGACCACGCCCACCCCCUGCCUCAAACCGGCCAAUCGGGCAUCGGCAGUCUCGUUCACCCUGUCUCCCUUCAUUUAAACUGCCCUCAUCUCCUUGGCUGUGUUGUGUGUGUAACUUCACCCAGACUUGUCGUUUACGUUUCUGAUCACGGUUUCUGUCCUAACGCUAUGUGUGCGGGCAGUGCACAGAUCUGAGCUGACGUCAGAGCUCUCCACAUUGGCGCGGGACUAAAUUAUGUCAAAAAA